AUCCCUCAGAAAUUAACUGAAACUUCAAAUGGCAGAUGCAAAGAGCUGGUCUCCGACCUGACGUAGUGAGCUAUGCCUUACUUAUUAGUGCUUAUGGGAAAGCUAGAAGAGAGGAAGAAGCCUUAGCUGUUUUUGAGGAGAUGCUUGAUGCUGGUGUCAGACCAACCCCGAAAGCUUAUAACAUUUUGCUUGACGCAUUUGCAGUAUCAGGAAUGGUGGACCAAGCUCGAACUGUUUUUAAGAGCAUGAGAAGGGACAGCUAUUAAAGAAGGGGUAAUGAAAUUUGGAUCAGUGUAGCAAUGAACAAGGAUGUAUGAAGUUUUAGGUGCCUGUUGAUGAGAAUGACAGCGAGGAUAAGGAUGAUGAUGACAAGCAUGAUGAUGAAUUAGAUGGUCCUUCACAGGUCACUUCAUCAUAUGAUGAACAAAAACAUGAACUGAUUUAUUUAAAUGGUGAUAAUGAGAAAAGCCUUGAAGGCUUACUUAAA